AUGGAGUGGGAAUGCUUACUGUUUAUUUUACUGAUCAAUUUAGGCUGUGUUGUAUCCGAGUUAAGUUUGAGAUUCGUAUUUAUUGUGGAAGAACAGGAAACCGAUCUCCCGGAGAUGGUCGGCAAGGCGUUGAAACUUGUCGAGGAGUCCAGGCGGGAGCUGCUGCUGAGCGGUGAUGUCGUCCAACUUGACCGGGAGGCAGAAGAUGAGGGUUACAGGAAACUGUGCGCCACCCUGGCCAAAGGGGCAUCCAUCAUCAUCGACCUCUCCUGGUCACCGUGGGAGAUGGCCGAAGAACUCUCCACUAGCAAGGGCCUACCCUGGCUGCGGACGCUGCUGGGCCCGCAACAGCUGGUCAGCGCCAUGGACAGCCAUCUGGAGUCGAGGAACGCGACAGACGCCGCCAUUUUGUUGGAGACCGAGAGCGACGUGGACAUGGCACUCUACCAGCUCCUAGGCAAGUCGAACGUGCGAGUCUGGGUCCACGCCGGACUCAAUCUGGACUCCGCCAGGUCCCUAAAGCUGAUGAGACCAGAACCGAGCUUCUUCGUCGUCGUCGGCGGCGCCACCUUCGUCCGCGACACGUACAGACGCGCGGUGAAGGAGAAGCUGGUGCGUCGCGCCUACCGCUGGGUCCUGGUGGUGACGGACUACUCUGCUUCCAUCCUGGAUUCGGAACAGCCGGUCUUGCCGGCCGCUGUCCUGCGCGUGGACACGAGCGAAUGCUGCAAACUCCUCGGCAGGGAGGAGUGCGAGUAUCCGGUGGGGUUUCAGCGGAAGCAGCAUAUAUUGAACGCCCUCGUCCAUCUGCUGGUGGCAACGUUCACCAAACUGCCAGACCUGCCACCUCCAAGGCCCGUCCGCUGCGAUGAGCCUAGCGGGCCGCAGUAUUCCCGAGGGUUUCGCGACCUGCUCUCUUCUGAGACCUCUAGCAACGACACGCUGUUCUUCUGGGACCCCAACAGCUCCAGCCUCCUGCUGCGCUCGCAGUUCGUCCUCUCCAUCCGCAAGGCCGACGCUGAGGAGACGGUAGCCAAGUGGUCGGCUGACGGUGCUUACCAGCUACUUCCUGGAGUGGUUCUGGAGCCCCUGAGGAUGUUCUACAGGGUCGGCACAGCUCCGGCCAUACCCUGGACUAUGCCCAAGCUGGACCCCGCCGGCAAGCCCUUGGUAGACGAAGAUGGUCAGCCUCUCUUCCACGGGUACUGCAUCGAUCUCAUAGAGAAGUUGUCGCAGACGAUGGGAUUCGACUACGAAAUCGUGUCUCCCAGGUCGGGAGGUUUCGGCCACAGACUGCCCAACGGCUCUUGGAAUGGAGUGGUCGGCGAUCUGAUGAGGGGGGAGACCGAUAUAGCGGUGGCGGCGCUCACGAUGACCGCGGAACGGGAGGAAGUCAUCGACUUCGUCGCACCAUACUUCGAGCAGACCGGCAUCUUGAUCGCGAUCAGAAAGCCCAUCCGGAAGACGUCCCUCUUCAAGUUCAUGACGGUGCUCCGCACGGAGGUCUGGCUGAGCAUUGUGGCGGCCCUGCUCCUCACCGGCGUGAUGAUAUGGCUGCUGGAGAAGUACUCGCCGUACUCCGCCAGGAACAACCCUGACGCGUACCCCUAUCCUUGCAGGGAGUUUACUUUGAAGGAGAGCUUCUGGUUCGCGCUUACAUCGUUCACCCCCCAAGGCGGGGGGGAGGCCCCUAAGGCACUGUCGGGGAGGACUCUGGUGGCCGCCUACUGGCUGUUCGUGGUGCUGAUGCUGGCCACGUUCACCGCCAACCUGGCCGCCUUCCUCACCGUCGAGAGGAUGCAGCUGCACUCUUCCAGGGUCUGGAAGGAGAUCACCCUGAACGCGACCUCUGACCAAGCGCAGUACAGGGUGUGGGACUAUCCGAUUCGCGAGCAGUACGGCCACAUACUGCUGGCCAUCAACGCUUCAGGUCCGGUGGCUGAUGCGGAGUCGGGCUUCAGGGAGGUCAACGAGCAUACUGAGGCAGACUUCGCCUUCAUCCACGACUCUGCCGAGAUAAAAUACGAGGUGACGCGGAACUGCAACCUGACGGAGGUUGGCGAGGUGUUCGCCGAGCAGCCCUACGCCAUCGCGGUCCAACAGGGCUCCAGGCUCCAGGAAUCGCUUUCCAGGGCUCUGUUGGAGCUGCAGAAGGAGCGCUUCCUCGAACAGCUUUCGGCCAAGUGGGCUCUCACUUUCCGUUAUUGCAUCGUAAUAUACCAC